AUGUCUCGAAAUAAUCGAUCGAGCAGCUCAAGACCUUUCUAUCGAGUCAAAGUAAUUAAUGGGGUGCAACCUCCAUUAAUACUGGAAAGUAAUAACAAUAAUAAUAACGAUAACAAUAUUAAUGAAAGUGAUGAAAUCGAAAAUUCUCGUUUACUCAAUAUACUUAAUUGGUCCCCAUUAGAAAGGUUGACAACAAAUACAACAUUAUCAACGACAGUACAAAUCAAUGAUGAAAAUGAACCAAAACCUAAAAAUAUUUACAAUGCAGUACAAAUUUCAAUUGAACUACAGAAAAAAAUGUUAAAUUUAAAAGCAAGGUUUAUUGAUGCAUCCGGUCGUUUAGUUAACUAUCGUCGUUUGCGUGCAAGUAAUGUCUAUAGUGAUUUAUGUGAAAUGGUAAAUCGUCUGACAACAAUUAGCCUUGAAAAUGUCACAGAAAACGAACGUAAAACAUUUUUUAUUAAUCUUUACAAUAUAUUGACUAUUCACGGCAUAGCAUCAGUUAAUGAUAUGCCUAAAUCUGUUCUCGACUUAAAUCAAUUCUGGAAAACAACAUCAUAUAAAGUUGGAUCAUAUUUUUAUUCAAUAGAUGAUAUUGAACAUGGCAUUUUACGAGGUAAUAAACCUCACUCGAACUGUACUCAACGGCAUUUUACAUUCAAUGAUCCUCGUGUAAAAUAUGCGAUGCGUCGCUGUGAUCCACGAAUUCAUUUUGCGCUCAAUUGUGGCGCACGUUCAUGUCCACAGAUUGCAAUAUAUUCCUCAACGAAUCUUGAAAAAGCUUUAAAUAUGGCAACAACAUCUUUUUGUAAUGCUGAAGUUGACAUUCUACUUGAAAAUGCUGAAGUUCGUCUAUCAAAAUUAUUUCUUUGGUAUAAAAAUGAUUUCGGUCGAUCUGAAACGGAAGUAUUAAGAUGGAUAGCAAAAUAUAUUGAUGAACCAAAACAAUCAUUACUUAAAACCUUACUCGAUCGACAAGGAUCAAAAGAUGGUUUACGUAUAUCAUAUAAAAUGUAUGACUGGAUGGUAAAUGAUCAUGAUGGUCCAAUGCCUAUUGUCGUUUCAACAGCAACAUCUGGUCUAGAUGCUUGA